AUGAGAUUAAGAUUGAAGUCUAACAAAGCUGUCAAGACAGUAGCACCAGAUCUGGCAGAGACACUUGGUCAGUUCCUAGACACCAUUAACAGCAUGCUGGAGCUAAAGGAAAUAGAAAGCCAUAUUUUAACCGGAAUCAAAACGGGUUUUCCUCCUAAGUCUGUAGACUUAACUUCUACCUCGAAGUUGUUGGCUGAAUCGGAGAUCAGAGAUGGAGAUCAGCUCUUGGUUGAAUUUGGCGAAAUGGUUGCAAAAACCGAAAAUGAUGAGAACCCCAAAGAGCUGGCUUCUGAAACUGUCUCAGAAACAGAGAUACCUUCGGUAUAUAUUCCGCAACAGGAUAAAUACCUCAUUCUUCGUAAUAUUCCCGAUGAUAACUCAUGUAUGUUCAACUCUAUUUCGUAUGCUCUCAGUGGUUACAGCUCCUAUGAAACAUUUAGUCCGCCGCUGGAGUUGCGUUCUGUAAUUGUAUCGUAUAUCCAGAAUCUGCCAGAACUAUAUAACGAAGCAAUUUUGGGGCGGCUGCCCGAGGAUUACUGUAAAUGUAUCAUCAAGAAGGAUUCGUGGGGAGGUGCUAUCGAGUUGGGAAUCUUGGCGGACUGGUUUGGAAUCCGCAUCAAUUGCUUGGAUAUCGAGCUGGGGAACUUCAUAACGUUUGAAAAAGAGCAGGGUCCGCAACCUGACAAAUUUAUCAUAUUAAUCUACAGUGGAGUGCAUUACGACGUAGUGGCCGUCAAUAGCACGUUGUCGGUCCUGGAUGGUGACAAAGCCAAUGACAUCACCUCCUGGAGUUGUGGAGGUAAGGAAGAGUCUGCUGUUCUAGAAGCCAGCCAUAAAUUGUGUAAACUUUUGCAAUCGCGCAACUAUCUGACCAACACUACGACGUUCCGGGUGCGUUGCUUGAACUGCUACGAGAUCUUGGUGGGGGAAACGGGCGCCAGUAAGCAUGCGGAGGAGACGGGGCAUUAUAACUUUGGAGAGGUAAAGUGA